AUGUCUGGUUGGCGAUCAAAAAUUUCGAAUAAAAAAUCCAAUAAUAAACAAAGUCGCCAAACGAAUAUAAAAAGUAAUCAACUAGAAUCUGGACCAAGGCAUUCUCUAAGUGCAACGCUAUUAAGUGACAAUAGGAAUACGACUAUUGAAAACAAUGAAACUUGUCAAAUAUUAAAUAGUGAAAAACAAACACCGAAAGCGAGAGAUAAAAAUAAUUCCAUAGUACAACAAUCAUCAAAUAUUUUUCAUUUCAAUUCGUUAUUGACAUCAUCAAGAGAACCAAACGAACGACAGAUGCGUAAUAUCGAUCGAUUUGAAUCAACAAUUCAAUGGGGAAAAGCACUUGAUCGAGAAUUUCAAUCACUUGAUAUCGAUGCAGAUGGUUAUGUUUCCAUAGCCGAUUUACAAUCUGUGUUGAAAAAUUUUUCUCACCUGUGCGAUUCGAAUGAAAUAUUAUUACGUAUAUUUAAAGAACUUGAUAUUAAUGAUGAUAAACGAAUAUCAAAAGAAGAAUUUCAAUUGUAUAAAAAAAUCUUAUUAGAACGAGAAAAACGUUUUCAUCGAACAUCAUUUGAAAAAAAAUUAACUUCAAUAUUUGCUUUAUUUGAUCGAAAUCAAGAUAAUUACAUAACUCGACAAGAAAUUCGUGAGACUAUGCAAAAUUUAGGUGAAAGUAUUGACGAUGAACUCCUCGAAGAAAUGAUGAAAACAGCUGAUACAAAUCAUGAUGAUCGAAUAAGUCGAGAUGAAUUUGAAAAACUUUUGAUCGAAUUACAGUCAAAAAAAUAA